AGAUAUCUAUACAUAUACUAUUCUAGGAUGUGGUUCAAAAUAUUUCACGUACAUUUUUCAAAAGAAUGCGUUUACAACACUGUUUUUUUUUAUUUCAGUAUCUACCCAGUAGGUAUUAGCUUAUUCAUAUAAACAAAUACCGUAAUUUGAAAUACCGUACAAAUUUGAAAUUGAUAUACAGUAAAAAAUAAAAUGUUCAGCCGGAGACUUUUUUCGCCAGCAAUACUGUUCUUGUUUUGUGUCGCCUUACUAAAUAUUGAGAAAUGUUCAAGUUAUCGCAUAUUAGCGAUUUUUCCGUGGAACGGUCAAAGUCACAACAUUAUGUACGACGAAUUGUUGACGAAUCUGGCUAAAAGAAAUCACCGGGUCGACGUCGUUAGUCAAUAUUCAUUGAAAAAUCCACCUCCGAAUUAUCAUAACAUUACCAUGCCAUCGCUGCCCGAACUGACCAAUAAGUUUGAUUGGAAUCUUCUUGAAAACUACAAGGACACGAACUACGUUGUCCGUAAUAUUGCGACAAAUUUUGGAAAUUUUAUUUGCGAAGAAAGAUUAAAAAGUUCCCGGUUGCAAGAAAUCAUAAAAAAUCCUCCGAAAAAUCCCGCCUACGAUUUAGUUCUGGUUGAAGUAAGUAAAAUAAUUGUUUUGGAAAUUGUUUAAUUAUUUUCAUUAAUUAUGCUUCAUGUUAUUAGCUACAGUUCAAAUAGGUACCUAUAUAAUGUAGUUAUGUAUUAGCAGCCCGAUCUUACUACAAAAGAAAAUUCUUUAAAAAAUAUUUAUUUAUUUACAUAUUUUUUCCACGGUUUUUUUUUUAAAGGUAUUUAGUGCGCAUUGUUUUAUGGCGUUUGGACAUCAUUUAAACGUCCCAGUUGUAGGUGUGACAUCGAGUGCGGUCUAUCCAUGGAUUCACGAUAUGAUAGCGAACCCUCAAAAUCUAGCCUAUUCGUCAAACAUUCUCAGUAGCUCACUCAAUCCAACUUCAUUUUGGAAUCGACUAUACAACACACUUCAUACAUUUUAUGUCACACACUACUUUCAGCACUACACUUCACCUCAAACUGAUAUUAUAAAAAAAUAUUUUGGACCAGAUGCACCAGGGGUCAGAGAAUUAGAGAAAAAUGUUUCACUCAUAAUAGCUAAUUCACAUCUAUCUGUAGAAGGUGUAAAAUCAACUACUCCGGCACUCGUUUACGUCGCUGGACUUAAUAUCCAAGAUAACGAUAAAGAUCAAAUUGCUCCGGUAUGUUGACUUGACCAUCAACUAGAAUAUUUAAUUAAUUAACUGUAUGUUACUAUCAAAAAAAUAUUAUGAUUAUUUUUAUAAUAAUAGGAUGAUAAGAAAUGGUUAGAUGAAAGUUCAGAUGGAUUCAUCUACUUUGCAUUCGGAUCAUUUGUCAAUUUUGAUACAUUUCCAAUUCAUAUAAUCCAAGCAUUUUUCAAAUCAUUUGAAAAAGUUUAUCCUAUACGAGUUUUUAUGAAAGUUACAGAUGAAAAUAAUCUUCCACCGGGCUUGCCGCAUAAUACUCGUACUUUUUCUUGGACAUCACAAGUAAAAGUUCUAAGUAAGUUCUUAAAAAAUGUUGAUUUUAUGUAGAUUAUCAUUAAGUUAAUUAAAUUGAUAGAAUUCGUCUAAUAAUUGUAUUACCUAUAUUUAACGUGGUUUUUAAAUUAUUUUUUUUUCAUAUCAGACCAUAAAAAUGUAAAAGCAUUUAUUACGCACGGUGGAACAAAAGGAAUUCACGAGGCGAUAAUGUACGGGGUUCCAAUGAUAGCGAUUCCGUUGUUUACUGACCAAUUCUUUAAUGUCGACUUCACUGUUAAUAAUAACGUAGCAGUCAAAUUAAAUAUCAAAGAUAUUUCCGAGCAGAAAUUGGACAAUGCCUUUGAUCAAAUCAUGAAUAAUGCUAUUUACAGGUAAAAAAUUAAUUAAAAAUACAGUAGGUACAGUAACUACCCAGUUUAAUACAUACAUAAAUACAGAGACGUAGGUAUAGAUUAUUUGCGGUGGGAGGGGGUUAUGCUUGUCAAUUAUUUGUAAUAGAAGUGAAUUGGGAGUUGAAAAGUCAAUUAAUAUUGAGUUUAAAGAAAAAUGGAAGAUUUAACCCCACUCCUUUACCUACGUCGCUGCAUUAUGAAUUUAUACAAAUGCAUCAACUUAACUUUAGCGACUCUAUUUAGGGAAUCUAUGAAAAAAGUUUCGAAGAAAUUUAGAGAUCGUCCAAUAAGUGCUAUGGAUACUGCAUGCUACUGGAUUGAGUAUAUCAUUAGAAACGGUGGCGAUGCUUUGCGAUCGCCAGCUGUUGAUUUAUCGUGGUGGCAAGUUGCACUUCUCGAUGUUUAUGGGACAAUUUUUCUUUUUUUUUUAUUUUCUUUUGUUAUUUUAAUAGUUACAGUGAUGUUUAUUAUUGCCUCGAGUAGAAUACUAAUAUGACAAUCAAUGUGUAUAGACGUGAACAAAAUUAGGUGCAGGGUAACAAUCCUAACAACUCAAAACAGCUAUUGAUGUCUCAAGAAAUAAAGAUUUUAAUUCUGCGGGUUAUAAUAUUUCGACUGUGUAGUUCGUCCUCAUAAUUUUUUACAACAAAGAUAUAAAAACAUAAUAUACUGGCAGACCUCAGUUCCAUAGCUAUAGUCUAUAUUUAUACUGGGUAUACUUUUUUUACUUACAUUUUUUACUUACCCGUGUUUAAACGCGAUCACCGGAUAUUUUAAGGAAGCCUAUAAUCUUGUAUAUAUAUACUAUAUUUCUCUGCUAAAGUGCAUUUUUUUGCUUGAAAAAAUAGUAAUUUAUUGUUUUAUUUAUUUAAUAUACUAUUAUC